AUGAAGGCACCUAUAUUAUUAGCGCUUCUAUUUUGUUGUGCGGCAACGGCCGAUCUGCGAGAGCAACCCACAAAUCAAACAGUAUUCAUAGGCAAAGAAGCUUUACUAAAAUGUUCCGUCAAAUUACCCGCCGACGGAACAGAGCUGUAUAGUCAAUGGCGGACGAAUAAUGGUGAUCUGUUGGGUUAUCAUGAUUCGGGGACUUUGAGUGGACAUGGAGGGAGAUACAGCUAUGUCAAGGAUACUCCGGGCGAGCUGAGCCUGCGCAUCGAAAACGUCGGCCUUGAGGAUGAUGGGCAAUUUGAAUGCCAGAUCCUCGGCGCUGAGACGGGCCCGAUUAGGGCAGCAGCGAGUCUGGAAGUUUUAGUGCCACCGGCCGAAGUGACACUAGCAAAUUAUCAAAGCGGCACCGAAGUCGAGAUCAAUGAAGACGCGGCCCUGAAUAUUACUUGUGUAGCUGCAAAUUCCAAGCCAAUUUCCGAGUUGAAAUGGUACAUAAACGGACGGCAAAUCGAGGACAACAUCCAGCGCUGGGAGAAGUACCAUUUGAACAAGACGGUGACCGCCUACGCGGCGCUACUCUGGAAGCCGCGGCGGACUGACCAUAAGAAAAUGUUGGCUUGCGAGGCUGUGCACGAAGAGACGUCGACCCAAUCGAGGGUUAACGUUACGCUGAAUGUGUUUUGUAGUCCACGGAGGCAACCCACCCCUAACGUCACCUGGUUCCUCGCCGGCAAAGCCAUCGACACCUCCUUUCACUACAACUAUGAGACGCAGGAAGCCACAAAUACGUACUCGUUCAUCGCCGAAGCAUCCGACAACAUGGCCGCGUACGAAUGUCGCAGUCAAACGCGUGAACAUAUCGCCCCGCUCAAGGCCAGCGUACAUGUCAAAGUGGCAUUCGCCCCACAAGCUGUCGACAUUUUUGGGGAGAGUAAUGUUCGACAAGGUGGUUCGACUACUAUCCAGUGUCGAUCCAGAGUCUCCAACCCACCUGCUCGCCUCUCCUGGUUCGUCAACGGCCACCCAGUUCCCGGCGUCCUCCAGGCCGAGCACAAGCAGUCCCACGGCACCAUCUCCAUCUCCAACCUGACCGUCAACUCGCUGGAGAUGGUUCACAGCAAAUACAAGAUUGCCAUCGAAUGUCAGGCGAGAAAUGAGGAGGGCAGUGCCAAUAAACAGCAUCUCGUGAAAAUUCUGGUGCCUCCGGAGAUGCCGAGAAUUCACGGAUUUGACGAUGUGAUCCUGCUCGAGGGUGAUACCGUUAACGCGACUUGUGAAGUACUGGGCGGUCAUCCACUCGCCGAUAUUGCAUGGUAUCGCGGUCAUGAAAAGCUAAUCGGUGCGAGGACAUCUGUAUCUGGGGAUAAAGCAGUCUCGACGAUGUCGCUAGUUCUCGAUCGUAGUCUACAUAAACAACGGAUACGUUGCGAGGCUACAAACGCGGCGCUGGACGAGCCGUUGGUGGAUUGGAAGCAGUUGAACGUUUACUUCCCACCACGCCGACUCGCCAUUCGCACACCAGAAGGCACUCGGCAUCAAAUUGUAUCUGGGCGUGAAGCUCGGCUCCUAUGUUCAGCACCAGCUUCGAACCCCCCGGCGGAUAUUUCGUGGCAAAUACAACCGAAUGGAGAGACGCAACCUCUUGUUUAUACCGGAGAGACGGUCGUCAACGAGACCCUCCGAGAACAAGGGCACACCAUUGAAAACAUUGUCUCUUUCAUCCCAACCGAGCAGUACGAUGGAACGAUUAUCCGUUGUAUCGCCAGCCAUCCCUUGUGGUCGGAGUCGAAGAACGUCACCUUCCCACUGAGCGUACAAUAUCCCCCAUUAAUGCUUGUCGGGAAUAGGAUGUCGAUCGUAGUCGCCGAGGGAGAAUCCUUCAAAGAAAAUCUUACGAUCCGCGCCAAUCCGCCGGUCUCGACCUGGAAGUGGAAGAAGGAUGGUCACGUUUUUGAACAUACCAUUGGAGGCAUUAUGGGCCGGGGUCCCUCACUAUCUGGUCGAAACGUGCAAUCAACCGAUGCUGGCCACUAUACACUUUUUGCAAUGAAUAGCGUUGGAACGACCAACGUUUCAAUCCAAUUGACGGUCGAGUACCCGGCAAAGGUUGUCCAAAUCACAUCUCCGGUCAUCGCAUCGGCAGGUGAGGAGGUGCUGCUGGAGUGUGAAGUCGAGGGAGUGCCACCCACCAAGGAUAUGGUGAUUUGGAUAAAGAAUGGUCGAGAGGUGCCAAGCAUGAAACGAGGAGAGAUGAAAGCUGUUCUUCGGGUGAAUGCUUCGCUCGACACUGCUGGGCAGUACAUGUGUCAGGGUUACAAUGGAAUUGGAGCACCAGCAAGAGCCCCGGCUUACCUCCUCGUCAACCAGCGGCCCACCAUCAUCCGCUCGUCAGCUUUUUCACGAGCAGCCGGCGCCCUUGGCGGCAAAGCUCGAGCCAGAUGUCGUGUCAACGCCGUGCCAGACGCCGAAUUCUUCUGGGAGGUCAACGGCGAGACGAUUCGCGCUAACAACUCGAAAUAUGCCGUUCACAACAGCCAACUAGACUACAGCACCUUUGAGAGUUCUCUCUGGGUGACCAUUGGCAGUCCCAGCGACUACGGUGACGUCAAAUGCAUCAGCAUCAACAGACUCGGCGAGGACAGCCAUUUAAUCAAAAUCGGGCCUUUGACCGCGCCGGAUGUCCCGGGCGAGCCGUUGCUGACCAACGCCACCUCCACAGCGCUCUCGAUUUCAUGGCCACCUGGCUUUGACGGCGGAUCCGAACAACAGUUUGAAAUUGCCUACAAAAUGCAGGGGAAUGGCGAAGCGACGGCUGUCAAUACUUCCCAUAAUCACGUUCGGGUGUCUGGCCUUCAACCCGGUCGUCUCUACUACUUCCAAGUCCGGGCGCACAACGUUCGUGGGUAUUCUUCGGAAUACACACGGCCCCCGGUGGCCUUCUCGACGUUGACGGCCGAUGGUAUCGCUGUUGGGACAAACAGAAUAAGGGAUGGUCAUCUACCAAAGUCUUUGAUCGUCUGCGCCGUGUGCUUCAUCAUCUUUUGCUUGAUGUGCAACUUGUUCAUCUGUAUGUAUAGGAAGAAUAAGAGGAGGAAGAAGAUGAUUCAAGAGAAAACGGAGAUAAUCCGGACUCAUGGAGAUCAAGCCGUGCGGCCGGUGCAGAUGUACGGAGCGAUAGGGCUUGAGGCUCCAAAGGAAUAUCAAUUAGGACCCGGAGAACGAGCUACCGCUGGAUCUCGAGGAGAAACUCGGGAUCAUUCAGAAGAUGAUCAAUCUAUUCGGACAAUGAUAGAAGUAAAUCCAAAUGGCUACAUGCAACAAAUCGACCCAGCCUUCUACGAGCGAAGUCACCUGAUGGAAUACGAAUUUGACCCCUACCAAACCACUCGAAACUUCCAAGCCAACUUUGGCAGCCUGCGCACCAAGGACACGUACAGUAAUAUACCGUAUCCGGAACCACCAAUGCCAGCCGCCUACCACCACAUGAGUCCGGUGGCUUCAAAAAGUGCCAAAACCUCCCCACAGCAUCUAUCGACGUUCAUCCAGCCGGCCGGUGUACGGAGCGCGCCUAUGCACUAUUCACAAUUGGAUGGGGAUCUGGUU